UUUUAGUCCUCAAUAUGGAAAAGUUAAAAAGUCCUGAACACAGUCGCCUUCACGGUGCCCCCCCCCAAAAAGAAACAACCAACUAACGACUCCCUAUUGCAGAGGCUAAAAAGUGACCCAAAGUGAGGUUAAUGCUGGGUUUCAGCCACAAGCACCAGCGCCGCUGUGACUCCUACGGGACGGACCGAGCUCUGGGUUUCUGUGAUCCUGAGCUGUUUAUCAUGCAGGCUGUGAUCCCGCUUGGGAACAGUAAACCCGCCGCCGAUCGCAGGUGAGACCACAACAGGCUAGGUGGAAAGCUAACGGUGUCUGCCGACGGGAAACUAAACCCAGAUAGCCCCUUAUCGCUCAACGUGGAUUGUGUUUUUUCUUUUUCUUUUUUUUUAAUAGCAUGCCGUGCUAGCUAACGGUAGCACCGGGUGUUGCACUGCUAGUCGGCUAGCCUGCCGCCUUGUGUGUCACCACACAGGGACGCCUCUCGUGUGUUUAUAACAGUAAACCAGACACACGGAAUCCGACAUCAGCCGUUCAUAAGGUAGCGAGUGACGUCACAAAGCCCAGUACACAUCUCGUGGGGGACUUAGGCUUGAUAUGCAAAUACUUAGACAGGCAGACUUCAAAGGUCGCCGCUAUCUAUCCAUCCAUUGCAAGUUUAUCGUAAACUUUGCCUGAUUAUUGAUAUCUACGAGUGGACCAUCCUCUGGGCGGUUGACCCAUGCCAUGCGACGCUGGAUGAUGUCCUCCAGGACCAGCGAGCAGCACGCUAGGCGGCCCGCAUCGUCACCCAGUCUAGGGGUGUCUGAAGUGUAAGCCUGGGGGCCCCGUGGAAGUGUUCGCCUGUGAAGGGUUUCUUGACUUUGUAGCCGACCGCUUGGAUUGCAAGACCAACAACAAUGGAGGUAACGAUGGAUUACUGCGUGGAGCUAGUGCUGCAGAAGGACCUGGGGAAGCGGCUGCAGACGGGCCCGGAGCUCACGGAGCUGCUGUUAGACCCGGAGAGGCUCCCGACCCUGGAGCAGGACCCGGCUCUGCUGGACCGGAUGGUGGACGGCGUCGCCAGCUCCUGGGUCAAUAACAGUCAUUUCAAGGUUGUUUUAUUUGGAAUGGACAUUCUAUCAGCCCUGGUAACAAGACUACAGGAGAGAUUUAGAAAUCAGGUUGGAACAGUGCUGCCCAGCCUGAUGGAUCGGCUGGGCGAUGCCAAGGACGUGGUCCGGGACCAGGACCAGGCCCUGCUCUUGAAGAUCAUGGACCAAGCCGCAAAUCCACAGUACGUGUGGGAGCGCAUGCUGGGCGGAUUCAAGCACAAGAACACCAGGAGCCGGGAGGGACUGUGCCAGUGCCUCAUCGCCACCCUCAACGCAUUUGGAUCUCAGAGCCUGACGCUCAGCAAGAUAGUCCCUCACAUCUGUAACCUCCUUGGGGACCCCACGAGUCAGGUGCGUGACGGUGCUAUGAACUGCCUGGUGGAGAUCUACCGCCACGUGGGGGAGCGAGUGAGGAUGGACCUGGGGAAGAAGGGCCUGCCUCAGUCACGGUUGAACGUCAUCUUCAGUAAAUUCGACGAGGUCCAGCGGUCGGGCAGCAUGGUCCUCUCGCCCCUGUCUGAUAAGAACUUCGAUGAGGAUGACUCCGUGGACGGGGGACGCUCCACCUCGUCUUCCAAGCCCGUGUCCGCGUCCGGGAGGAAGGCGGUGAGCAUGGGCUCCUUCCGGAAGCCUGGCUCGGGCUCCAGCGCCAAGUCCGCAGGGAAGGACGCGGCCAGUGCUGGGGCCGUGGACGAGGAAGACUUCCUCCGAGCCUUUGAAGAUGUUCCCACCGUGCAGCUCCACUCCAACAGAGAGAUGGAGGAGGCCAUGACCAAGAUCCGGGACGUGCUGUCGGACGACAAGCGAGACUGGGAGCUCCGCGUCGCCGCCCUGAGGAAGGUGCGCUCGCUGCUGCUGGCCGGCGCGGUGGACUACGACGGCUUCCCCCAACAGCUGCGGCUCAUGGAGGCGGCGUUCAAGCUGUCGGCCAAGGACCUGCGCUCGCAGGUGGUGAGGGAGGCCUGCAUCACGCUGGGCCACCUGUCCUUGCUGCUGGGCAGCGGGUUCGACCACGCGGCCGAGGCCACCAUACCCGUGCUGCUCAACCUCCUCCCCAACAGCGCCAAGAUCAUGGCCACCUCCGGGGUGGCCGCCGUCCGCAUCAUCCUCAAACACACCCACUUCCCACGCCUGAUCCCCGUCAUCUGCACCCACUGCGUGUGCAAGACCGUGGCCAUCCGGAGGAAGUGCUUUGAGUUCCUGGACAUCAUCUUGCAGGAUUGGCAGAGCAGCUCUUUGGAGAGACAUGCGGCCGUUGUCAUGGAUACCAUCAAGAAAGGGGUUCACGACGCAGACUCCGAGGCCCGCUCUGUGGCCAGGAAGUGCUACUGGAGCUACCACGGCCACUUCAGCCAGGAGGCGGAGCUUCUGUUCCAGGGCCUGGAGUCGUCCUAUCAGAAGGCCCUGCAGGCCCACCUGAAGAGCGGCGACAGCCAGGCCUCACUGCCGGCCUCGGACCGCUCGUCCUCCUCCUCACAGGAGAGUCUCAAUCGGCCUCUCACCGUGAAGAGCUCUGUGGGCAGCAGCGGGACCAGAGCCAAACCCGGCCAGGCCUCCCGCCCCCCCCACGCCGCCGCCGCCCCCGCCUCCCUGCAGCGUUCCCGUAGCGACGUGGACGUCAACGCCACGGCCACGGCCACGGCCACGGCCAGGACGCGCCUGGCCGCCGCCCCCUCCGCCGCCCCGUUUAGCUCCGCCUCCGCCCUGCCGCCGGGGUCCUACGCCUCGCUAGAUGACUCGUGGUCUCCUAAGGUGGAGGCGGGCCGGGUGCGGACCAGGAAGCAGAGUGCGGGGACCGGCCCGUUGGUCACAGACACCAGGGGCCGCAGCAGGGGCAAGGUGGUCUCCCAAUCACAGCCGGGCAGUCGCUCGGGGUCUCCAGGCAGGCUGCUGGGCUCCUCGUACGGCCGGGGCCCCAGGCCCACCAUGGGCGUCUCCACCGCCACCCCCACCUCCAGCGGGGGGCCGGCGGAGAAGGCCCGGCCCCGGGGCCCGCGGAGCCACGGCUGCAGCCGCGAGACCAGCCCCAGCCGCUCCACCGCGGACCGGCUGUCGCACCAGGCCCGCAUCUCGGCGUCCGUCCAAGCCAUGAAGAUCCUGGACACGGGGACGGAGGUGGAGGCGGCCGUGGCCGACGCCCUGCGACGGCCGGUGCGGCGGCGCUUCGAGUCCGGCGUGUACUCUGACGACGACGCCAACAGCGACGCGUCCAGCGCCUGCUCCGAGCGCUCGUACGGCUCGCGCAACGGCACCUCCGGCGGCGGCGGCGGCGGGCACUUCCUCCGGCAGACGGAGGACGUGGCGGAGGUGCUGAACCACUGCGCCAGCGCCAACUGGUCGGAGCGCAAGGAGGGGCUGCUGGGGCUGCAGAGCCUGCUGAGGAGCCAGAGGGUGCUCAGCCGUGUUGAGCUCAAGAGGCUUUGUGAGAUCUUCACCCGGAUGUUCGCAGACCCCCAUAGCAAGGUGUUCAGCAUGUUCCUGGAGACGCUGGUGGACUUCCUGAGCCUGCACCACGAGGACCUCCAGGACUGGCUCUUCGUGCUGCUCACCCAGCUGCUGAAGAAGAUGGGCGCCGACCUGCUGGGCUCCGUGCAGGCCAAGGUCCAGAAGGCCCUGGACGUCACCCGGGAGUCGUUCCCGUGCGAGCAGCAGUUCAACAUCCUGAUGCGCUUUAUCGUGGACCAGACGCAGACGCCCAACCUGAAGGUGAAGGUGGCGCUGCUCCGCUACGUGGAGGCGCUGGCCCGCCACAUGGACCCCGCCGACUUCGUCAACUCCAGCGAGACGCGCCUCGCCGUCUCCCGCGUCAUCACCUGGACCACCGAGCCCAAGAGCUCCGAGGUCCGCAAGGCAGCCCAGGUGGUCCUGAUAUCUCUGUUUGAGCUCAACACCCCAGAGUUCAGCAUGCUGCUGGGGGCACUGCCCAAGACCUUCCAGGAUGGGACCACCAGGCUUCUCCACAACCACCUGAGGACCAACAGCGUCAUGGCCUCCCCCAGCCCCCAGCACGCCGCGCCCACCCCUCCUCGACAACCAGGCAGCCGAGGCAGCCCCCUCACCUCCCCCACCAACUGCUCCCACGGCGGGCUCUCCCCCAGCCUGCUGGAGUUCGACAGCGAGAACCUGAACUCGGAGGAGAUCUACAGCUCGCUGCGCGGCGUCACCGAGGCCAUCCAGAACUUCCGCUUCCGCAGCCAGGAGGACCUCAUGGAGCCGCAGCGGCGCGACGGCAAGAAGGACUCCCUGUCAGGACUGGGCGCGUCCCUGGACUCGGACCCCCGGUUCGGCAACGGCGUGGGGGAGGGCGGCCGCAUGGCGCUGGACAACAAGACGUCCCUGUUGAACACGCCGUCGCCGCGCUCCUUCUCCAGCCCGCGCUUCCGCGACUACAACCCCUACAACUACACGGACACCAUCGGCACGCUGGACAAGACCCCCCUGAAGGGGGUGCUGUUUGACGACGCCCCAGACGGCCGUCGGCAAGAAAGUGUUGAAAACAAAGUGGCCCCGCCCAAGAGCUUCCCUGCUGGUCCGGCGGAGCAGCUGGAGCUGGUGGGGGAGCUCCUGAAGGAGCUGUCCCAGGGCCAGGCUGUGGAGCGGGGGCCGGAGCAGCGCCGCGCGGCCCUGCUGGAGCUGCUGAAGGUGGCCCGGGAGGACAGCCAGGUGGUGUGGGAGGAGCACUUCAAGACCACGCUGCUGCUGCUGCUGGAGACCCUGGGGGACAAAGACCACACGAUCCGUGCACUCGCGCUGCGCGUUCUGAGGGAGAUCCUGAAGAACCAGCCGGUGCGCUUCAAGAACUACGCAGAGCUCACCAUCAUGAAGACCCUGGAGGCCCACAAGGAUGUGCACAAGGAGGUGGUGCGGGCGGCGGAGGAGGCGGCCUCCACCCUGGCGAGCUCCACCCACCCGGAGCAGUGCAUCAAGGUGCUGUGUCCCAUCGUGCAGACGGCCGACUACCCCAUCAACCUGGCCGCCAUCAAGAUGCAGACCCGGGCCAUCGAACGCAUUGCCAAAGACUCCCUGGCCUCCCUGCUGCCGGACGUCAUCCCCGGCCUGCUGCAGGGCUACGACAACACGGAAAGCAGCGUGCGCAAGGCUAGCGUGUUCUGCCUGGUGGCCAUCUACUCUGUGAUUGGAGAGGAGCUGAAACCACACCUGGCUCAGCUUACCGGCAGCAAGAUGAAGCUGCUCAACCUGUACAUCAAGCGGGCCCAGACGUCCACCAGCAACAGCAGCAGCUCCUCCGACAUUUCCUCCUACUAGCCUCUCUCCUCCUAGGGGGCGUCGUCACGGCAACCACACACACACACCUGCUCUCGCCGUCGUAAUGGGUCCACGCCGAAGUUCCGAGUUGUUGUUUUUUCCGGGAGACCUGUCACUCCCUGUCCCAAAUCAGCCCACUCCGGUGGACCACCAUGUUGUUGUUGUUGUUGUUUUUCUUUCCUAUGAAUUUUCCACAGCCGACUCUUUUCCCGCCUCUCCCUUGCGGACGGACCUGAGAGACGUCCGUGUUACCGGACCGGUCUCGACAGACGCACCACCUUGGCACGGUGUUGUCGUUUAUCCUCCAUCCUUCUCGUUGCCCUUCUGGGGGGUUUAUUUUGUCACGCCUUCGCCACAAGGGGGUCCCGGCGUUCUUCCAGUGGGUUUCCAGAGAGUACUUGUGCAGGUGUUUCUCUUUAUUUGUUUGGUUAGUCAUGGGUUUGAUCUUCUCCAUCGCCCUUUUGAACCUCCUCCGCCAUCUUUUGGGCGAUCGCAAAGACGCCUCCAACCAGCGAUAGCAGAGUGGCGAUGUUUCAUACUCACUGAGACGAGGACGAUUCAGACAGACAGAGAGAGAGAGAGCAGAGGGACCCUUACUCGCUCUCUGUCUCCCCUUUGCUCCUAUGUCCCCGCCCUAGAGAUCCUCGUGUCACAUUGUCGCCUCUCUCAUGAAGGUUCCAGUCCUUGCCGUACGGGGUGGGAAACCCCACACCCCCUGACCAUCAGUAUUCCAUUGCUGUGUGAACGAAACCUGACCACCAUUUAUAUUAAGCCUUUUACGUUUGUUUUGUGUUGUUUUUGUUUUGCUUUGACACAUCAUACCUUAUAGUAUAUAUCGAAUGUAAGAGCAAACGCUUUUGAGCAAUUUCCAAGGGUUUGGACUCCGAUCCGCCGCCUGUAGUCUUGUGGGAUUGGCAGUGUUCUGGGGGCCUGUGGGGGCCUCGGGCCCCCAAGGUCUUGUGAUGGGUAAGAAUGGGCGGGGGGGGUUACACUUAUACGGGAUCAAAUUCAACACUUUGAACCAAAAUGUAUCCUGAAUGUGGGAUUCAAUGUGCAUUGUUGUGGACCCAAACACAUUAACUACAUGCACAAGUAUGUGUGCAAUGAAUGCUUAGAAAUAUGAAUGUCUAUUUACUCCAAAUUCACCCUGUCGUUUUGAAACGAUCAUUUGGCUGGCCAGUGAUUACGCACGUGAAAGCAGACGCUUAUUUGGCAAUACGGCCUCAAUAGAUCUUACAAUCGGGUGAUUAUAUUAUUAAAGCAUCGGUUAAUUUAGAAGACAUCGUUGUACUUCCGUGGCGAGUAGGCUCAUAACGGUCUUUGUUGUGGUUUAACCUUUGAUAAGAAGGAUGUUUUUGUUCACAAGGGUCCAGAGAAACAGCCCUAGUCCUUUUGAAACGGUUGAAAAUAUUGUUGAAAAUAUUUGAAAUGCUGUUGUUCAGAAUUGCUCCCAGAUUGACUACUGCGAGUGAUCGAGUUGAAGUUCCAAAUCACUAAACGGUAGGCUAGGAUACCGUCUCCUAUUUAUGCUGAUGAGAUUGAAUCGGUUCAAAUGAUUCCUUAAUGAAUAAGGACCGAAGGUUACACGUCUAAAAAACAACAGCGCAUUCAUCGUUAACACUACUGUAAGCAAAAAGCUAAAAGAGGAAAGAAAUUCUUGUUUUUUUGUACAUUUUGUCAACAUGCAUUUGUAAAACAUACCAGCAAUUGUUGGAGAAGGAUUAACUUUAGUGUAUAAAUUAUUGAAACUCUUCUAAAUUGAAUGUAAUGGGCUCUGAGGAUAUUUUGUGUGGCCUUUCUUAAUGUGAAAUAUUGUCUCUGCUUUUAGGCGGGAAAGCAAUAUCUAGUGCGACAGACCAACACACAGCCAUAUUAGACAUUACACAAAAUUACCCCCCAAUCUAUUUGAAAAAGGAUCAUCAUUUUGGAAAUCCUGGUGGAAAUAUCACAAGAAAUGACAUUUGAUGUUGGAAGGAAAUUUGAAAUUAAUACCUAUAGUUUGUGUUUUUUUAUAUGGUUUAUUUUAUUUCGUUUUUUUACGUGAAAGCACUGUAAAAGUCUGUUACGUCUUAAGCGAGACUCUGUUUCUAUGGUCAAUGUACCUGCGCUGCUUAACAGGAACACUUUCAGUAUUUAUUUAUCUUCUUAAAAAUCUUCACCAUCAAGAGAUUCCAUCAGUUGAAUAGAGUUCUUAUUUCUUAACAUUAUCAAGCUCACAACUAUGGAGAUUUCACCAGGGUGGGGUAAAGAAAACAUUAGUUUACCAUGUCUCUUCAGUGCUCACAAUUUCCAUGCUAAGAUUGUUAUAAGGCUGUACCAGCGCUACCAUUUUUGGCUUAAUUAGUUUUUAGAAUUGAUUUUACAAGCCAUUCUGUUCAGCUGCGUCUGAACUCAAAUGUUUUUCUGACUAGCCAAUCAAGUUUUAUCACCGUUUGAUCCAACCCCUUUUCAAGGAGGCGUCACCAUAGGACCAACACAGGUGUCACUCAUAACGCUCAUGAUUACGCUGCGCCUUUUACGGCAACAGGGCCCGAAUAGAAGACGUAAUAGCUCAACUGAAUCGCGCUCUGGUACAUACAAGGUGCAGAGCCAGAAUUAGUGUUAUGAGCGAUACUUGUUGGUCCAACGACGGAGCCUGCGCGAAAAGGGUCCAUGGAGACCUGAGGGACGUAGAGCCCUAUCGUGUCACCGUCACGUCUUCUGUAAAACACCACCUUGCCUUUGUAAUAAUCGGUAAUGACGUCACUACUAACAACAGAACGUCUAACAUUCCCAGCACCGAGAGACGGUCGUUAAUAACUGUUCCUUGUGUGUGUGCCAAUACCACAUAUUUGUUCAAAUAAAUCAAAAUAAAAUAAGUGUUUUACUAAAGGUAAAAAAAUAAAAGUAAACGUGGAAGUAAUUGUGAAUUCAUUCGAGACGUUGGAAGGCCGCAUAAAAAAAAUAAUAUAUAAAUAUAAUAUACGCCAAACCUCCGGACAUGCGUCGCCUUCCCAGCUCAGCUUUAACUGCUAAACAUCGCGUAGGCCUACUGACACCUUUAAUAGGUCCAUGACACCCACCACUUUUUGCUUCGUCCCGCCGACGGUCGCCAUGGUGACCCCAUGGCGGGGUCGGGAUCUCUUUGCUCCCCACGGAGACGUGCGUCACUUUACUUUCGCCAGCGGUACGACCGCUACCUUUUUCCUAUGAUUGCUGAGUUGCUUUCACAACUCACACACUUGCAUGCCACCUGUCUCAGUUUUACACCUUUUCUCGGGCUGUCCUGUAUUUAUUUAACCUUUUUGACCUUGCUAUGUUUUGAAUGUAUAUAUUUACAUGCCGUUUAUUUGUCGUUUGGUUCUUUUCCUUCAUCCCGACCUGUGAAAGUCGUUGCAGACAUUUAAGGAUUAAAUAAAGUGUCAGACUUU